AUGUCAAACACGAACGGUGAAUGUAAAGAGACCACCAGCUCUGAAAUAUCUCCAAACCUUAGCAUUCAUGAAUCAACAGACCUUGGGUCACAAGUUUCAACAGAGGAGAAUAGCUCAAAACCUAAUGCUGGGAUAAAAGAUAAGAAUUUGGAAAGAAUUAAUAAACGUAAAAGCCUCGAAGCUCUCGCCAAAGCUCAUAGUUAUAUAGGAUCUCACUCAAUAUGUACAAAGCCAACCGAAGAUGUUUUCAAUCCCGAAGAUAGAAAAAUCCGUGAGGAAAUAAUUCGAAUGAUAAUCCAAUAUCUUUCGGAUGAAGGCUACACUGCAUCAAAAAUGACGAUUUAUGAUGAAGCUAAUGUAAAUUGGCAUGAAAAAGAAGAACGUGUUGUAGAAGUAAAUCGGUUAAAAAAAGCUAUACUAGAUGGUGAUUGGGCUGAAGUUGAUAAGCUUUGUGCUAAACCUUUGGUAAAAAAUUCCAAAAGUUUUAUGUAUGCUGUAUAUAAGCAGCAGUAUCUUGAGUAUAUCGAAUAUCAAGAAAUACAAAAGGCUUUUACAUUUCUUAACAAAAGAUUAAAACCUCUUGAACAUCUUCAAACAACUCCUAAUGAAUUUAAAGAAUUGUGUUAUUUGUUAACAGCGAAAUCUGUCCAUGAUGCACCAUCGUUCAAAAACUGGGAAGGAAUCGGCCCUGCAAGAGAGAAGUUAGUAGAACAACUUAGAAAUAUUUUAAAUUCUGAAAAUAUGGAUAAGGAUGGUUUCGAAUACGUGCCGCCCAAUCGACUUCUUACGUUGCUUCAACAAGCUGUUAAAUACCAAAUCGAAUGUUCUCGAUACCACCCACGCGUAGCUCCAAGCGUAAACACGUUAUUACACGAUUACUCCAGUUUUAUAAUACCUAAUGCUCUACGCUCGACCUUUUCUGGACAUGAAGGUAAUGUUAAAUGCGUAGAAUUUGUCGGCGAAGAAGGGCGAGAAAUUGUUAGCGGAUCCAGUGAUAAUACGAUAAGAAUUUGGGAUAUCGAAAGUGCAAAGGUAAAAGGUAUCUUAACAGGUCAUGAAUCACGCAUCUGGGAUAUAUCAUCCAAUAAAAAUGGCUCAAUGAUAUCAAGUGCCAGUGGAGAUGGGACUAUAAAGAAUCAUAUUGUUACUGGAGGUUAUGACAAGAAAAUUAGACUUUACGAUGUUUCUACUGGUAAACUGGUAAAAAUUUUUACGGGACACCAAUUGUCUGUAUCGAAAACCAUAUUUAACCCUUUAGGCAAUUUGAUAAUCAGCGGAUCAAAAGAUAAUACAAUUAAGUUUUGGGAUAUUAUAUCGGGAUUAUGUGUACGAACAAUCUCUUCUCAUCUGGGUGAAGUAACGUGUGUUGGAAUGAACUUUAACGGAACAUUAUUAUUAAGUUGUUCAAAAGAUAAUUCUAACAGAUUGUGGGAUGUUAGAAUGGUACGCCCGAUAACAAGAUUGAAAGGACAUCAAAACACUUCAAAAAAUUUUAUUAGAGCCGGGUUUGCAAACAAACCAUUAAUUGUUGGAGGAUCAGAGGACGGAGUUGUGUAUAUAUGGGAUCAAGAUACUGGAGAAGUAUUGCAAAAAUUACGAGGGCAUUCUGGUAUUGUGUAUGAUACAAUUUGGAAUCCCAAACAAAAUUUAUUCGUCAGUUGUAGUGAUGAUAAAACCUUAAAGUCCUGGUGUUAUGAUGAAAAUUUACCAUUAGAGUUGUGA